AUGGACGUUGAAGGAGAGUGCAAACAACUGAUACUCGCCAUCGAAAGGAUAUCCACCGCCGAGAACAAGAAAUCGUGCACUUUUGGUGCUUUAUUUCGAGACGAUGCGGUACAGAACGAGUUCGAAGCAUUAAACGGAACUCUACGAGCGGCAAAGAAGAGAAAAAUGAUCAGCUUUGAAGGAGAGAUGUUGUUGCAAGGAGCGCACGAUGACGUGGUGAUAACUGUGCUUUAG